AUGUCUACAUCAGCUCCAGCCGACCCCAAGAAGAGCGCUCAUGAGCAUGCGGUCUUCUUGUCGGCCCUUCAGAAGGCGGCAGACGCGUACCCAAAGCCACAGGGUGUGAAGUUCAGUUAUGGUACCGCUGGCUUCAGGACUCUCGGCGAACGUCUUCCUUCUGUCAUGUUCUGCUGUGCGCUCCUUGCUGUCUUGCGAUCCAAGAAGCUUGGUGGAGCAGCUAUCGGCGUAAUGAUUACCGCCUCGCACAACCCUGAGCAGGACAAUGGCGUCAAGCUCGUCGACCCCUCGGGAGAGAUGCUCGACCCGACCUGGGAAUCCCACGCAACCCUGCUCGCAAACUGCACAUCGACCGAAUCUCUCAUUACGACCUUUAUCGACCUCGCGCACCACCUCCGCGUGGAGCUCGACGCGUGUGCGCCAUCGAGCAUUAUCUACGCGCGCGAUACUCGGCCGUCAGGGAAGAAGCUGGUUGAGGCGUUCGAGGCUGGUCUGAGCGCGUUCCAGGGGUUGAAGGUGGUUGAUCUGGGAGUGCACACCACGCCUGUGUUGCAUUACGUGGUGCGGGCGACGAAUGCGCGGGACGGGGAGCAGGGGAAGCCGACAGUGGAGGGGUACUAUGAGCGUAUGGCUGGAGCGUUUAAGACGUUGAUUGGUAACCGAGGGCCGCUCCCCACUCUCUACGUCGACUGCGCGAACGGAGUCGGUGCCCCCGCCAUCUCUACCCUUUCCAGCUAUCUCGGCACCUCCCUCCCUCUCCAAGCGAUGAACGACUCCACCACCACCCCCGGCGCGCUCAACUCGCAAUGCGGUGCAGACUACGUCAAGACCCGCCAAGCCCUUCCUCCCUCCGUCGAAGACGCUGGCCUGCUCGACAAGCCUGAUACCCGCAGCUGUUCCCUCGACGGCGACGCCGACCGGAUCAUCUACUAUUACCUCGGCGAAGGCGGCAAGUUCCGUCUGCUGGACGGAGACAAGAUCGCGGGGCUGGUAGCGUUGUUCUUGAUGGACUUGGUCAAGAAGGCCAAGCUGGGCCAGGAAGGUGGGGAGGAUACGGCCGAGGUGGGAGUGGUGCAGACUGCCUAUGCCAAUGGCAGCUCAACAAAGUAUCUCAAGGGUCGGGGCGUACCGGUAACCUGCGUCCCCACCGGCGUCAAACACCUGCACCAUGCCGCCCAGAAAUACGACAUCGGCGUAUACUUUGAAGCCAACGGCCACGGCACGGUCCUCUUCUCCCCCUCCUUCCUCUCCACUCUUGCAGUGCACGAGCCCACCUCCCCCGACAGCUCGACCGCCACCAAGCAGCUCCUCGCCCUCUCCCAACUCAUCAACCAGGCCGUCGGGGAUGCUCUCUCCGACAUGCUCCUCGUCGAGGUCGUCCUCGCUCAUCGGGGCUGGACCGCCGUCGAGUGGGAUGCGGCAUACGAGGACCUUCCCAACCGUCUCGUCAAGGUCGAAGUGGCCGAUCGGUUCUUGUUCGAGACAACCGACGCGGAGCGCAAGUUGACUUCGCCGGCGGGAUUGCAGGCGGUGCUGGACGAGGCGGUGGGGAAGGUGGAGAUGGGCCGGAGUUUUGUUAGGCCGAGUGGGACGGAGGACUGCGUGAGGGUUUAUGCGGAGGCGAAGACUACUGCGGGUGUCGACACUCUGGCGACGACGGUGUCGGACCUGGUCAAGCAGUACAGCAAGACGCAGUAG